AUGUUCUUUGAUUCUAAACGUGGCUUCUUGACUCCUUCGCGACUUGGCUAUUUUCCAUCAACAACAUCUACAAAUUCCACUCAAAAUUUUUUCGACAAAUAUAAACAUAAAAAUAAUAUACCUAAGAUAGAUAUUUUACUCGGUAGGUAUUGUCAUGAUGGUGUUGUCACUUUAUUCAAGGGUGUUAAUCAAACAAAAACAUGCCUAUGUCCACCAAAUUAUUUUGGUUCUCGUUGUCAAUGGCAGAGUCAACGUGUUAGUUUGACUUUGCAAUUUAGAACACAAAAUAUUAUUCCUCCUCCAGUUAUUUUUCAAUUAAUCAUCAUGCUUAUUGAUGAACAAAGAAACAUUGUACCAAAUCAUGAACAAAUGAUAUAUAUGCCUGCUCAUGAUUGCAUUACAAAAUAUAAUAUCUAUCUACUUUAUCCACAUCGGCCCAAACAUUUAUCAGUAAAUUACUCGAUACGAAUUGAUCUUUUCGAUAAAUCAACAUUAGAUUAUUGGACGAGUUGGCUUUUGCCAAUUCCAUUUCAGUUUCUUCCUGUUAAUCGAAUAUCGACUCAAUUAAUCAUUCCUGAACUACGAGAAAAUAAACUAUGUAUGUCGUCAUGUGGAGAACAUGGUCAAUGUAUGAAAUAUACAAAUAUGAACAAUUCAGUUUUUUGUCGAUGUGAUCAAGGAUAUACGGGUAGUUUCUGUAAUAUUACACAUCAAUGUCAAUGUUCAAAUGACUCAUUUUGCCUUGCUCCAUCUAUCUGUGUGUGUCCUUUGAAGAAGUUCGGUUCACGUUGUUAUUUGAAAAGAUCAAUAUGUCAAUCAAUGAACAAUCCAUGUCAACAUAAUGGACUUUGUAUAGCAAUUGAUGAUCGUAUUAAUUUACAUGGAUUUAUCUGUUUUUGUAAAGAAACUUAUCAAGGUGAACGAUGUCAAUAUAAAAGCACUCAAAUUGAUAUUUCUAUAGAUGAGACAAUUUUAACAAUAAGUUCAUCAUUCAUUCUACAUUACAUAAUAGCAUUUGACAGAUCUUCAAAACAUGAACGAAUAACCACACAAAAGAAGAUUGCCUUCGGUUAUAAUACUAUGACCAUUUAUGUACAACAACCAUUUAACAUUCUUUUCAUACAAAUACCUGAUGGUAAUUAUUAUCUAGCUGUAUUAAGAGAAAGAUAUAUACCAUCCGAAUAUAUUCAUACUCAAGUAUUAUCAAAAAAUCGUUGUUAUCCAGUUCUUCAUCUUUUUAAUGAUACUUUUCGUCAGUAUGAAUAUCUACGUCGGGUGAAAUAUUAUCCACUUUUAUGUCGUCAAGAUCCACAAUUGAUGUGCUUUUAUGAUGAAUACUUCAUGUGUAUAUGUGAUAGUGAUCGUUUUUCAAAUUGUUUCCAAUUUAAUAAUACGAUGAAAUAUGAUUGUAGUGGAAAAAAUCUUUGUUAUAAUGAUGGUCGAUGUUUUCUCAACAAUGAAACCUGUUCAACAACAUUUAUUUGUGUGUGUAAUGAGUGUUACUAUGGAGGACAAUGUCAAUUUUCAACAAAAGAUUUCAUUUUUUCACUCGAUCCAAUUCUUGGAUAUCAUAUUAAACCAAGUAUUUCAGUUCAUCAACAACCAUUUAUUGUCAAAUUCAGCAUUAUUAUUACUACAAUUAUGUUGAUUUUAGAAUUAAUCAUGGGUUCAUUAACUAUAGCAACAUUUCAAGUGAAAAAAUCAAGAGAAGUUGGUUGUGGUUAUUAUCUUCUCGUAUCAUCGAUUAGUUCAAUGUGUAUGAUUAUUGUAUUAACAAUUAAAUUUUGGCAACUUGUUCUUUCACAAAUGUCAAUCAUAACUAAUAGAUCAUUACUCUCGGUUAAUUGUAUUUCAAUAGAAAUAAUUCUUAAAUCUUGUUUAGCAUCAAGUGAAUGGCUUAAUGCUUGUGUAGCUGUAGAAAGAAUGUUUAAUAUUAUCAAAGGCGUGGGAUUUAACAAAAAUAAGAGUAAGAUAAUAGCUAAACGAGUGACUUUUGUUGUUAUUAUUUUAACGAUACUGUCACAUAUUCAUGAUCCACUUCAUCGACAAUUGAUUAAUGAUUUAGAUGGAGAUCAACAACGAAUAUGGUGUUUAUCUCAAUAUUCAUCUAGAUUAACUAGAUAUAACAAAUUUAUUACACUAUUUCAUUUUCUUGUUCCUUUUUCAAUUAAUUUGAUAUCUGCUUUUGUAAUUAUUAUAUUAGCAGCUCGUAGUCGUGUAAAAGUAGAAUCGAAACUAUCAUUCAAGGAAUACGUUCGAUUGAAACUUAAGCAACAUAAAAAUAUUAUCAUUGCACCUAGUAUUUUGUUAAUAUUAGGUUUGCCACGUCUUAUUAUUUCAUUCACAUCAGGAUGCAUGAGAUCACCACGUCAAUCUUGGUUAUAUUUGAUUGGUUAUUUUGCAUCCUUUAUUCCAUCAAUGUCAACAUUUUUUGUAUUUAUUUUACCAUCAAAAAAUUACAAAAGAGAAUUCGAUAAAACAGUACAGCGAUGGAUUCGACCAUUCCGUCGAAUGUUUUAA